CUUAACUGAUAUAAUCAUCCAUAUUUGUGCCUGUUAGCCUGGAUGAUAUAGUAAGGGCUGGAUAUGCUGAAAUGGGCUUUUGAUUUAAGAAAAAAAACCCUGAUAAGAUAACACAAAAGAAAAUCAAUACAUGUCCAAAAUAGAUUUUCCACCUGAACUCAAAGACCGAUUGCUUUCCGGUCCGCCUACUAAAUUGCAAAUAGAUACCACUGAAAUUCCACAAUAUUGGGCAUUCAAUCCCUGUAGAAUCCGAGCUGUGUAGUCUACACAGCAAGAACAACAAACAACUAACCAAAUCAGUUUUACUGGAUUUGAGCUUUAAAAGGAGACGUUCAAAGGGAGGUCUUAUUAUCUACAUAAACCCGCCGAUAACGGUCGAUAGCUGCUUCGAAAGCGGGACACAAGGUACCGAGGCAGGCGAUAACCGCUCUAAAUCUGGACCGACGGGCUUCUCAGCGCUUCUUGCUAUCUUCGGGUACACCGAUGAGGCUCGAAGUCGCAAGGAUGGAACUCUUCAGGAAGAUGUGGAGGACGCGGAAGCAGAUACUGGUGGUGCUGAUCCCACUGUCUCUACUGCCGCUGCCACUCAUCCACCCCACCAGCGAGGCGUGCUGUGCCUAUGUGCUGAUGGUGACAGCGGUGUACUGGGUGUCUGAGGCUGUGCCCCUGGGGGCUGCUGCCCUGGUGCCCGCCUUCCUCUACCCGCUGUUUGGGGUGCUCAAGUCCAGUGAGGUGGCUGCAGAGUACUGUAAAGACACCACUUUGCUGCUUAUGGGGGUGAUCUGUCUGGCGGCCUCCAUAGAGAAGUGGAAUCUCCACAAACGCAUCGCUCUCCGCAUGGUGAUGAUUGCUGGGGCCAAGCCGGGCAUGCUGGUGCUGGGCUUCAUGUGCUGCACCACCUUCCUGUCCAUGUGGCUCAGCAACACCUCCACCACCGCCAUGGUGAUGCCCAUCGCCGAGGCCGUCCUCCAGCAGCUCAUCUCCACCGGCGUGGCCGACGCCCAGGAGGACUCGGACACCGCCGAGGGCCCCGACGGCGACAAGGCGAAUCUGGAUAAGAACCAGCUGGAGCUGUUUUAUCGGAGAGACAGCUGUGUCAAGCAUGAGCUGUGCACUCUGAGUGAGGUCCAGACCUUAGAGUCCAAUGGUGUGUCUCUGAAUCCCAAUCUCGGCCAAGAGGCCAUCAGAGAGUCUAAUGGACACUUACCCCAGACAGAGAUCCCCAUCCCAGAGCCCAAGAGGGAGAAGGGGCGGAAGGACUCCCCCUACCCCACCAAGAGAGACCACAUGAUCUGCAAGUGCCUCUCCCUCAGCAUCACCUACGCCGCCACCAUCGGGGGCCUCAUCACCAUCACCGGGACCUCCACCAACCUCAUCUUCGCCGAGCAGUUCAACACGCGCUACCCGGACGCCAAGGUGAUCAACUUUGGCACCUGGUUCAUCUUCAGCUUCCCCAUCGCCCUCAUCAUGCUACUGCUCACCUGGGUCUGGCUGCACUUCCUGUUCCUGGGAUGCAAUUUCAGGGAGACCUGCUCCUGGAGUAAGAAGCGUAAGACCAGGAGGGAGGUUCUGUCUGAGAAGAGGAUCCACGAGGAGUACAUCAAGCUGGGACCCAUCAGUUACCCGGAGGUGGUGACAGGAGUCUUCUUCAUCUUGAUGACCCUCCUGUGGUUCACCAGAGAACCUGGCUUCGUCCCUGGGUGGACCUCUCUGUUUGAGAAGAAGGGGUACAGGACAGACGCCACCGUGUCUGUGCUCCUGGGCUUCCUGCUCUUCCUGAUCCCCGCCCGGCGGCCAUUUUCCCGUACAUCCAGAUUCACGGUCACAGUUGAUGAGGAAUCGGAGGAGGAACACGACGAGCCACUGGCCCCUAUGAUCACCUGGAAGGACUUCCAGAAACUGAUGCCCUGGGAGAUUGUGAUCUUGGUUGGGGGGGGCUAUGCGCUCGCGGCCGGCUGCAAGGUGUCCGGUCUGUCUGUGUGGAUCGGAAGGCAGCUGGAGCCUAUGAGCGGUCUCCCCCCGUGGGCCGUCACCCUGCUGGCCUGCCUCCUGGUCUCCACGGUUACCGAGUUUGCCAGCAACCCUGCCACCCUCACCGUCUUCCUGCCCAUCCUGUCUGCUCUGUCGGAGACCCUGCAGAUAAACCCCCUCCAGACUCUCAUCCCCUCCACCAUGUGCGUGUCCUUCGGGGUCAUGCUCCCCGUGGGGAACCCCCCCAACGCCAUCGUUAGUUACGGCCACGUGCAGAUCAGCGACAUGGUGAAAGCAGGAUUCGGGGUGAACCUGAUUGGUGUUCUGGUGGUCAUGCUGGCCAUCUUGACCUGGGGGGUGCCCCUCUUCGACCUCACCGAGUUCCCUACCUGGGCGGUCAUGAGGAAUGUCACAGAGAGUUUAUAACCACUGGAGGGAGCCAGAGUGUGUUGACAGUGGCAGAGAGAGAGAUAGAGACAGGAGACUGUGUGUAAAAGAGAAGACUGGAGAUGUAGUCAAACAAGCCUUGUUCCAUAAAUGAGUCCUAGCCCCUCUGCCCUAAACACCUGUAAAGAUCUGAUUGGUGGAACCUGUGCCCCCUCGGAUACAGUACAUCAUCAGAUCUGUGCAGGUGUGAGGUGGACUCAGGCCUGUUUCUGGGCAGGGCUGAACUCUCUUACUGAAAAUGCCAAAAUUGAAAGGGACAGAGGUGAUCUCUUUCAACCUGACCGGAUGAGUCUGAAAAGGUUGGGAUGGAUUGCCAAUGGAAGAGAAGGAGGGAAGGAGAGCACCACCUUUGGGAGGAGGGACAGGAAGGAGGUGCUUGAAAUGGACUGUCAAGUCAACGGAUCGUAUUGCCUUUUACUCCAUCGCAUCACUGUAAAUGCUGCUUUAAUAGGUUGUUGUGUUUUAAUAUUCAAGCAGUGACUUUAUGAAAUGUACCACACAUUCAGUAUAUAUCUCAUUGGUUUAGCCCUGUAACCACAUAGUAUUUUUCUGAGCAUUUGACACUUUAUGUCAAGGAUAUACCGUAUUCUACAAAACUAGUCCUUACUAAUGUGUGUCUGUGUGGUGUAGGGGGAGAACACUGCAAAAUUCAAUCAAGAGCUAAAUCAAGAGAGCUGUCUCUGACAAGAGACAUGUUGGCAACAGACAGGAUGUGCAUGUGAUUGUACUGCAAUGUGACAUGUAUGAGAAAUACUUUAUAUUUUUACACAAAUUCAAAUGUAAUUUUUGUACAUUAUUCAACCUCACCAUGAAAAAUGUAGUCCUAUGUACUCAACUUAAUCUGGAUCCUAUAUUUCUAUACAUUUUGUAAUUUAUUCAAUGCCUUAAAGUUUUCAUAUGGUAGAAGAUGGAUAUAGAACUUGUAAAUACAUACAAACGUGUCAUAUAAAAGCUAAGAACCUUAUAUCAUAUAUCAAACCAACCUGAUGAACUCUUAACUUUCAUGAAUGAUGUGUAGUUACAAUCCAAUUGAACCCACUCCCACUUUUAGGAUCAUAAAACUAAAGAUAUGUUAUAGGCUAAUAAAAAAAUA